CUCAAAACAGAUGAAGAGGAGCUGCAGCUUUUUUUUCCUCCUCUGAGAAAACGCUUGAUUUUUCGUACUGAGUGCUACAUGUGUGUAUUAGCGCCGGCAUCCUGCAGGACACAACUGAAAAUUCGAGUUCGUUCUGAGGAAGUGACCCAACAGGGCUCAGUAGCCAUACUGCAUUCCAGCCAAAAAUAGAGGGUCUCACAAUAAGAGCUUAUAAUGGAAUCAGCAGAGAUUCGACCAUGCUUUUGUAUAAAACUUCCACACACUCCUGCUGGCUCACAGACAGAAACUUGUAUGGCUUCAGGUGGCAGGACAUCAAACACUCCAGAACACAUCACACCUGUGGACCAUCAGAAACACGUAAAAAAGGAAGAACCUGAAGAUGAAGACUACCUCUGUACGUCAGAAAGGCACAUUACAGGUGAAGCAACAUCAGCCUCUGUGGGACAUUUCACACCUGUGGACCAGCAGAAACAUGUAAAAAUGGAAGAACCUGAAGAUGAAGACUAUCUCUACAUGAAUGAUGCCCAGUUUCAAGUCUUCUCCUGCUCCUGGUGUCCACUUUCCUAUACAUCUCAAAAUUACCUCCACAAACACAUCAGAAGAUGCCACUAUGAGGAAUAUGAGGGAGAGAUAAAAUAUGAUAAUCUUAUGACCACAAGAAGCUCCAGUAUUCAGCAAACUAUCUCUGGCACUGUCAGAAGUAACACCUCUGAUUUGCGAAUGGAGAAAGAAGUCUAUCUCUGCUCACAGUGUGGGAAGAGUUUUACUGACCGAAGUAAUCUCAGACGACACCGAUAUAUUCACACAGGAGUGAAGCCGUAUCACUGCUCACAGUGUGAGAAGAGUUUUAUUCGAAAAUAUGAUCUCCAAACACAUCAGCGUAUUCAUACUGGAGAGAAACCGUAUCACUGCUCAAAGUGUGGGAAGAGUUUUACUCGAAAUUGUGAUCUCCAAAUACACCAGCGCAUUCACACAGGAGAAAAACCAUAUCAGUGCUCAGAGUGCGGCAAGAGUUUUAAUCAACAGAGCCAUCUCCAAACACACUUGCACAUUCAUACAGGAGAGAAACCGUAUCACUGCUCAGAGUGUGGGAAGAGCUUUAUUCGACGGAAUGAUCUUCAAAUACACCAGCACAUUCACACAGGAGAAAAGCCGUAUCACUGCUCAGAGUGUGGGAAGAGUUUUAUUCGACAGGGUGAGCUCCAAAUACACCAGCGCAUUCACACAGGAGAAAAACCGUAUCGCUGCAUACAAUGUGGGAAGACUUUUUCCCAACAUAGUAAUCUUCAGCGACACCACCGUGUUCAUACAGGAGAGAGGCCAUAUCACUGCUCACAGUGUGGGAAGAGUUUUGCCCAACAUGGGAAGCUCCAACAACAUCAGCGCAUCCACAAUAGGGAAAAACUACAUCGCUUCUCGGAGUGUGGGACGAGUUUUAACAAACAGAAAAAUCUCGAACAACACCAGUGCAUUCACGUAGCAUAGAAACUGAUUUGAUAUUCAUAGUGUGGAUUUACUUAUACAGGUGCAUUUAACAUCCAGAAGUGUUCCAAGAUUAAGACAUCGGUGUAUUAAUUUGAGAACACAGAAUAAGCUGACCUGCUAAUAGCUAUCAUGAUUUCCUUAAAAUAUGUAGAUAAAUGUAUUUAUUGUGUAUGUACAGUAUAUUAGUACAUUAUGUAUUUGCAUAGUAACCAACCUGUGUUUGUUAGACACAAACCUCGUCUUGUCAGGGUGCUCUCAAUUUUUUGCAAGCAGUGUAAGGAAUAUAAGGAAUUACAGGGAAAACUAGGUUUUGAUCUGAAUGGGUUUCCCUUCUCUCAUGCCAUAAGGCUGAUCAGCUGUAACUCCAAAUGACCAAGUCAGCAUAGCUACCAAGAAAGAUACUCAUGUCUGACACCACCUGUACACUUAUGCCAGUAAGUAUUAAAAUCAUAAUAUGGGAACAGGAGAACAAUAAUUCCAUCCUGAUGCCCUACCUCUGCUUAGAGUUUUCAUCACUCACUGCUGCCAAGGAUGGAUUGACAUGGACAGCUCAGUCCCUCCAGGAUUUUGUGAUUUUGCAAUUACAGAAAUUUAUGCAAAAUCAAGCAAACCCUGCAAUAUUCGGAGGAGCUUGCAAUUUUUCAAAAUUACUACAGAUUUGGGCCAAGACGUGUCAUGUGACAUCAUCACAACACACAUUCAGCCAAAGUACAGCUAAAAUGUCUCAUUUACCAACAAACCUCGCUGAGAUAGAGUGCAAAACAAUUUUGUGCAGUUACAAUUUCGCCAAUUCAAGUAGUUUUCCACAAGAAAAGCACAAAUCGCAGUUUUUGGAAAAAUAAAAUCAAGCAUUUUUGGUCACAACAAUCACAAAAUAACUGUGAAAUCCUGUAUGGACUGACAGCCUAUAGAUCACCAUGGAAUUACUGUGGAUAGUCCUACAUAAAAACCCGUAAAGAUGGCUGUGGAUUUUCUUCCUUAGGACUGCAAUUGUUAAGAAUAUUUUGCACUCCAGUUUUCAUCAUUGAACAGUAAAUAACUUUCAGUUUGUUACAGUAGACUUGAAGGUAAAACUAUAAUGAUUUCAGAAACUAGAGUGAUGCUCAUACUAAAGUUCCUCUUAAAACAAUUAGUACUUUUUUGAAUAUGUAAAAUACAAAUACAGAAAAUAAUUUAUUUAUAAUAACACUGUCCGGUGACACCAAGAUGAAGAUGGGUUCCCUUUUGAGUCUCUUUCCUCAAGGUUUCUUCCUCAUAUCAUCUCAAGGAGUAUUUCCUCACCACCAUCACCUCUGGCUUGCUCAAUAGGGAUAAAUUUAUACAUUUCAAAUUUAUAUCUGGAUUUUUGUAAAGCUUCUUUGUGACAAUGUCCAUUGUUAAAAGUGCUAUAUAAAUAAAAUUGAUUUGACAAUAAUGAUGCUCUGGGUUC